AUGUAUACUAACAACAGUACAGGUAUUAUCAACAAUACAAUUAUCAGUGGCCAACAAAUUGCUACCUUAAUAGUACCCUAUAGUCUCAUAUUUCUAUUGGCCAUUAUCGGCAAUUCACUGGUCAUUGUUACGUUGGCCGCCAAUCGCCGUAUGCGUUCCGUAACCAAUAUGUUUCUAUUGAAUCUGGCCGUCAGUGACCUACUAUUAGGCGUAUUUUGUAUGCCGUUUACAUUGGCCGGUGUACUACUCAAACAGUUUAUUUUCGGUCCAUUGAUGUGCUCAUUGAUAUCCUAUCUACAAGCCGUAUCAGUAUCGGUGUCCGCCUGGACACUGGUAGUGAUGUCCGUCGAGCGCUACUACGCUAUAUGUCAUCCGUUAAAAUCCCGUGAAUCCCGUCAGACAGUGAGUCACGCCUACAAAAUGAUUGCAUUGGUUUGGAUCAGUUCAUUGGUAACAAUGGCACCGAUAGGUAUUGUCAGCAAACUUCAUGUUAUGGAAAAUACUGGAAAUUUCAAGUGUCGUGAGUCGUGGCCAUCGGUACUAUGUUUUGAGGCGUUUACCAUAUUUUUGGAUAUUAUACUAUUGAUUGUGCCAUUGAUUAUCAUGUCGUUAACCUAUACGUCAAUUGCUAUUACAUUGAAAAACAAUUUAAAACAAUAUACCCGUGCAGUCAAUGAUGAUCAUAACCGUAACAAUAGGCAAACAUCAGCGGCACCGGUAUUCAAACAAAACAACAUCACCGGCAGCACUGGCACUGGUGGUACAACCAUCACGACUACCGUCAUCAAUGGUGUGACCAAUACUACUACCACUACUACUACUAUACCAUCAGCAGCAGCUGGUGGGGUACUGGCCGUCCAAUCAUCACAACAACAACAACAACGACAGUCAUUGACAGUCCAUACCAAUGAUAGGCCGCCACCACUGGAUAGUAGGUCAUCGGGUAGUCAUCAUCGAGUGGUUACCGCAUUGCGAUCGACGGCCAAUCCGUUAGCUACCGAAGCCCAACAAAGGCGUAUCGUUAAAAUGCUGUUUGUAGUGGUAUUGGAGUUUUUCCUAUGUUGGACACCCAUCUAUACGAUCAAUACGAUCAUUAUUUACGCACCGGCAGCUGUCUACCGGGGACUGGGCUAUCAGGGCAUAUCGUUUUUUCAUUUGCUAGCCUUUUUCAGCAGUUGCACAAAUCCGAUAACCUAUUGUUUUAUGAACAGUAAGUUUAGGCAAUCGUUUCUGCAAUUGUUUCGCUGGUGUCGUCGGCAUAAUAAUAAUAACGGCGGUCCGGCCAACAAUGGUAUGGGUAUGACUAGCAGUUGUAUUACUAAUGGUAGACAUCUAUCGUCUACCGGUGCUGUUGGUGGUAGUGGUAGUGGUGGUGGUGGGCCCGGUGUCGGUGAUUGUAUGACUGGUGGUACUGGUAGUAUAGGUAGUGGUAGUGAUUAUAGACGAUCUAAUAGUACAAACAGUAGGAUCAGUAGUAGAGGUGGUAGUAAUAGGUGUCGACAUCAGUCCAAUUCCAGUACUAAUAGUAGGUAUACAUAA